UCGGGAUCGGAAUUCCGGUAUUAAUGUAACUGUUUCGAUUUGUGAUUUGUGGGUCACCCGCACCCGUUACCAUUCGACAGUGUGUAGGCUAUAUUAUCAGAAUGAAUAUUCUUCACCACAAAAGCUGGCAUGUUCGCAAUAAGGACAACAUACAAAGAGUUCGACGAGAUGAAGAGAAAGCAGCUCUUGAAGAGAAGGAGCGACAACGCAAAAUUGCACUUGCUGAACAAGAAGCUAGGACAGAAUUCUUGAGAAAAAAGUCAAGAAAACAUUUGAAAGAUGCAGGAAAAGAUGUGGAGAAGUUGGAUACCGUGAAAUCAGUGGAAAGCAAGGAUGUACCAGGGUCAAGUUAUGGGACAGAUGCUGUAACAGACAAUAUCUAUGCAGGCAGACAUAUUAACUUCUUCAAAGAAACAGAUGGGAUGAUUGAGACAAACAGAAAAAAUGCUGAACAUGAAGCAGAGAAGAAAGCAGAACAAGAGGAGUGGGAGAAAAAAGUUGGCAUUCUGACGUAUUUAGGUCAAAGUUCAAACGAAACCUCAGCAGCCUGGUAUAACCAGAGAAAGAGGAAACACGAGGAGGAAGAAGAAGAGGACAAUGAUUAUGAAAGACAAAAGAGACGAGAAAAGAAGAGAAAGCUGCAGGAUCAUUUAGAUCCCAUUCAUCAGAUGAAAAGUUAUCUUGAUAAGAAGAAUGGAAAGGAAGGAAAUGAAAAGCAUAAAAAGCACAAGAAGAAAAAACACAAACAUGACAAAGAGAAAACAGGAAAGAAACAUGCAUCUGAUGCAUCAAUGGUACAACAGAAAACUAAACCCUCUAUUGAACAGCUUAGGGCAGAAAGAUUAAAAAGGGAAGUGGAGGAAAAACAGAGAACAGCUCAGCUGCUUGCCAAACACAGAGGGGAGAAAAUAGAGACUGAGCCGGCAGAGGAACCACAGAGACGGCAAAAAUAUAACUCACAAUAUAAUCCAGACUUCGCAAAACAAUUUAGAAGAAAAGACAGAGAUUGAAAUGUAUUGAAUUUUAAAUAUAGACCUGAAAUAGUUCUACCAAUAUUUCUUUGAAAUCAAGUGGUAACUUUGAUGUUGAUAGAAAAAAUGUAUUUCUAUGUCAUCAGCUCUUCCAGCGUUGGUUACACUGUACCAACAGGUGAUUCUCAUCGAUUCUCUCCAUCAUUUGAGGGAGAGUGUGUGGACUCAAAACCAUGGUUUACGAUGAUGCUGCCCUCCCUGUUUAUCUGGUGUUUCUGUCUUAAAACUUUCAUGCUUUUUUUAACUUUUCAGAAUGUGCAGAAUGAAUUCUAUUGUACUCUAUUAAGGUCUUCUCCACCUAGGAACUACUGCCAUUAAUGGAGGAUGCCAAAUAUCCAAAAUCUCUGCAAUCUGAGUCCUUUAGUUAACUGAAUACUUUACUGGGCACAAAGGUUACACUGUAUUUAUUGCCAAAGGUGGGCAAUAAGAUAGCAUUGUUUGAAUACAUCAAUGAACAGAGCGAAAUGGAAAAUAUUUACCGAUAUAAAAUUUUUGAAAUUUAUCAAAAAGAUUAUUGUAAUGGUAAAAGUUUAUUUUUAACAAUAAAAUUUGAUAGAGGAUUUUGCUGUGAUCUUGAAACAGUUACAUUUGCAUGAUCCAAAUAAAUUUAUAUAAAUUUA